AUGACAAAAACAGCCCUCCUUAAAUUAUUUGUGGCAAUAGUGAUCACAUUCAUUUUAAUUUUGCCGGAAUAUUUCAAGACAUCAGAAGAAAGAAUGUUGGAGCUAUCAUGUCUGGAAGUGUGUUUACAACCUAAUUUCAACUAUUCUCUCUCCCUCCUAAAUUUUUCCUUCGUAACUUUUCCACAACCAGUAAGGGAAACUCAGAUUAUCAUGGGAAUCUUUCUAAAUCACUCCAAUUGUCAAAACUUCACCAGGAUUUGCCAAGACAUCACAAGUGAAUUUAAAAUGUGCUCCUCGUGUUUGGUUUGUGAAUCCAAAGGAAACAUGGAUUUUAUUUCUCAGGAACAAACAUCAAAAGUUCUUAUCAUGAGAAGAUCAACGAAAGUGAAAGCAAAUGAUUUUCAUUCACCUCGUCAACAUUUUAACUUCACUGUAGCUCCUCUAGUUGACCGCGUGGAGGAAUACGACGCUUUCUGUAAUCUCGGAUCCCACGCUGGAAAGUCAGCAAUCGUGGAAGAAGAGCCAACCAAGGAAAAACCUACAAACGAUACCUGUAGAAUUACGGAAUACCGGAAUAAUUGUAUACAUGUUUCUUUGCACCUAGAAAUGGAUGUAAAAAAUGUCAUUUGUUCCAUGAAGAUCACUUGGUAUGUUUUAGUUUUAUUAGUUUUUAUAUUUUUGAUCAUCCUCGUUUUCCACAAAAUACUCGAAGGCCGUAGGAGGGUGCGGAAGCGGCAGAGUCAUAAAUACAAAACUACGUCUGUUCUCCUAAGAGGAAGUGAUUCUGAGAAGCCGAGAGCAGCGACUGCGCGGGUUAUUUCAGUAGAGACCACACAGAGGCUGCCUUUGGCUCAGGUCAAGGAAAAGCUUCCCCCAGUACCAGAACUAUAAUUCGCUUCCACAGUGCAUCAGUGAGAUCAAAACACAUGACUAUCCCUGGGCAAUUUGGACUGAACCCUUUAGAAGAAUACUCAUAAUUUAUUUUGGGAAUGAGCAGACUGGUAAAUGUUUGGAUGCACCAUAGGAAAGCAGUAGAAAUGCUGACUGGUUAAUGAAAACUCGCACAAGAGCAUUCAUUUGACCCCUGAGAUCAAGGGAAUAUGAGUUUUUUCAAGAAGCCCUUAUGAGUCACGGAAAACAAGCUGAUGAAAUUCGUGGAAACAGCAAGAGAAUGUAUACUCUCUUUUUUUCAUCUACCACUUUACAGUUUAGAAUGGACCUAAGUUUUGAGGAAACAAAAACAGGAUCAAGGAUGAAAAUCCU